GCUCCAAGCAUCUCAGAAACGAGAAAUUCUGUGACGCUUUCUGUCAACCGGUUAGUAUGACUGCAAUCACGUUGUUGAUACGCGAACUCUGCGAUCUGUCGGAUGCAUUUUGGCACAGCCAUUUCAAUUUCGUGCGAAGUUUACAAUAUUACCAUACCAAACGCCGUCUGCGUUCCUUUUGGUUUUACUGUCGAGAACACUGGUUGUAUCAGUGCAAAAGCCCACCAGGCUACAGCGAAAUUGAAAGCAUGCAACAUGCUACGGGAACACAAAUAGACUUUGCAGCUGUUGAAGCGAGCGCAAGCUACCAGCCCUUUGAAAACUUUGACCACCAGCAAAUGGAAUGGUGCAAUGAUAUCGAAAUUGUGAAUGGUAUGGAUUUUAAUGCUUCCUUUUAUGAAUACUCUGAUGCACUGCCCAAAUUUUAUACCGAUGAUGUUGGUGAACUCUAUGAAGGCGUUAGCUUCACGUUUAGUGGAAAAAUUUCAAUUCACUGCGAGAGGUUUUCCAUCAACUUUAUAUACGAUAAUGCGACACGGGAUGUUGCCUUGCACAUUAAUCCCCGUCUUCCUCAGAACUACAUUGUACGUAACACCAAAGUCCGCGACGUCUGGGGCCGUGAGGAAGUGUCUUCGGCGUUACCGUUUUUACUACGUCGCGGGGAUAGGUUUGCAAUACAAGUGCUUAUUACGGAUGCAUGCUAUAUGAUAUCGAUCAAUGGCAAUCAUUUUGCUGAAUAUUCCCACCGCCUUCCUUUGAGUGGUGUUAAAAUUCUGGAUGUGAAAGGCGACGUGGAAGACGUGAAAAUGGAGCGUACCGUGGUUCAGGCUUACCCGCAACGCUUAAAAGAAUCAGCGGUACGGAUCAUAGAAGCUCACCUCUCUGCAGAGGCGGACGAGGUUGAUGCCAAUGUCGAGGAUGUUAUUAAUAUACCUCAUGAAUGGUGCCUCAUCAGUGCACCCAGUGCAAAACUUGCAAACAAUUCAUUUAAGUGUCAUCGCAAUUCUACUGAUCUAGGGCUUACGCUUCCAUACUAUGGGACAUUUUUACCAAAAUCAUUGCGAGAAGGUCGGUGCCUAAGGAUUGAUGGUCGUGUUCGCCUAUUACCACAUUCGUUUUACAUAAAUUUGCAACAAGGUCAAAAUAUUUGGCCACAUCCCAUUAUUGCAUUCCAUUUGAAUCCACGCUUCUCACAAACAAGCACUGAUGCUAUAGGAAAAGCUAUCGUAUGUCGUAACGCUUGGUAUAAUGGAUCUUGGGCCGAAGAGGAACGCUCUGAACUGGACACGAAUUUUAGUCCGGGUCGUACAUUUAGCUUGGUCAUUGCAUGUUCCGCGAAUUCGUUUGAAGUCUAUGUUAACCGACAGUUCCUUACUGAAUUUAAAUAUCGAAUUCAACCAGAUAUUGUUGAUACGGUAUAUAUACAGGGUGACGUAAAGCUCUGGAAUGUGACACUAGAAGUCAAUCCAUUUAUUAAGGGGAAAAAUGUGCGCAUCUAUCAUAAUCCUUUACCUUUAGAAGAGUAUUAGAUAAGACUUUAGGUCGUUCUCUUCCUGUUUUCUUGUUAUAAGCUUAAGUAUAAACCAGUUGCCUUUUAAGACAAUAAUUUGCUUUC